AUGAAACGCCCAGCAGGGCGAGCAGCUGCACCAGGUUCCUUCCAAGCGGCAUUGUAUGAUAGCUUUGUAGGCAGCUAUGCCAGCAGAUCUGCGGGUUUACAAGACCUGGGCUCAGGAAAGCACUGUCGCUCACACUGUGGUCGUGCCAUCAAGAAGGAUGGCAAGAUUACUUUUCUGGCGUGCAGGCUGGCUCAGAGUACACCACCUUGCACGUGGAGGGCAGUGUUGAAGGAACAGGCGGAUGGGACAGCAGAGCUCUACCAGCAUGCAUCGCUUUGGAGAUCUCACAUAGCUGGUGCAAAGACAACUGGGACACGUGGUUUCGAAAGCCUUGCAGAGCGGAAGGUGCUGGAGGCGGCUCUUGCGCAGAAAGCCACUUCGCGGCCGCGUUUGGCCUUGAGGUCAGGGCGUACGAACAAACAACAACCCGUGCAGAAGGCGCAGCUGAAGCAAGUGCAGAACUUGCGCAAGGGGCUCUGUGCUUCAUGGUAUGGAAGACGCACAGUCGGAGACUUGCGCCGAGCAGUCCAGCAGUGCGACAAGCUUCCCGAAGUAGAAUCGCAGGCCUACUGGUGCCACAGCAGCAUCGUCAGGAAGGGCCCCAAGUCCGAGAUCAGCAUCCUUGCAACCACUCCGGCAUUGCAGCGCCGCUUUGCUCGAGCUUGUGCUGCAGGGUGUGUCGUGGCAGCUGAUGGCGGGUUCAAAUUCAAUCUGCUGGGCUGGCCCUUGACAGUGCUGGGUUGCUUGAACCCCGCUGGGGAGUUCGGGCUCUGCGCCCUUGCCUUGACGUCGGACAUGGAAUCCGAACGGAUGGUGUCCACACUGACAGCAUUUGCUCAGUCAACUGCGAGACUUGCGCAGAGCAAAGUGUCGGCACCCUUUUCGAUGAGUGAUGCGGAGCCAGCCUACCGUUCUGCGCUCAAGUCAGCUUUUGAUGCCACGAAUCUCAUGUGCUACUUCCAUGUCAAGCACGCAGCACGAGACAGCUUUUACAAGCGCUUCAAAGGCAGCAAAGAUGAGAAAGAAGUGGCAUGGUCGGAGAUCAGCCUGCACAUUGACCUCAUGAGACAGGCACAAUCUCAGGAGGAUUUCGUUUCUAGGGCCAAUGCGGUCAAGGCGAAGUGGUGUCAAGAUGGUUUGGAAGGCAAGACUGCGUGGAAGGACAAGCUUGGUCGCAACUACAACUGGGUGAGCAGCUUCUUUCGGCAAUGGCUGGACAAAGUGGGUGAUUGGCAUUUGGCUGUCGCUGCAGAUCUUGCAUCUGCGCCUUCCACGAACAACGCUGCAGAGAGCACCAUCAAGUACACCCGGCAGGACGCUGGCAACGUAGUCGGCAGUGUGGGCGAGACGCUCAACUUCAUGCUGGAGCAAGUGGAGGUGGCCACAAAGGCUCAUUUUGAUCCGACGGCUCCCCGGCAUGUGGACGCUCAGCUUUGGCAGAAGGCGGCCUCAUUUCAAAGUCUUUUUGGCACGGACAAGAUCCGAUCCGUCACUCUUGACACUCGAAAGCUCCUUGUACCUGUGCAAGUCAAGAUUUUGGGGGUUUGGUGCAAGUUCCAUGUCGUUCUUUUUUGGGGGCUUGAGACCUUUAGGCGUUUAUAG